AGGCUCAGAGGCCCAGCGGUAGACAGUUGUCGCAGCAGCAGCAGCAGCAGCAGUAGACAGCUGCAUCAGACAUGGGCAUCGAGAAGUACGCUGGCCGCGUGGCCCUGGUUACUGGCGCCAGUUCCGGCAUGGGCGCCGCUAUCGCUCAGGAGCUGCUCAAGCACGGCAUCCACGUGGUCGGCCUCGCCAGGAGGGUGGAACUGAUCAAGGCUCUUGAAGUGAAGGGGUCGCCGGGCAAACUGUACGCUAUUCAAGGAGACGUAGGAAAAGAAGAAAGCAUCCUCUCAGCUUUCAAGUGGAUUAGGGAAAACCUCAAUGGAGUCGACAUCCUGGUCAACAGCGCUGGUGUCGACCACGAAACUGAUUUUGUAUCCGGUAAAACAGAACACUGGAGACAGAUGUUUGAGGUGAACGAGCUUGGCCUGGCCAUCUGCAGCAGGGAGGCGGUCCAGGACAUGAUGAGGAGGGGCGUCGACGACGGCUUCAUCAUCCACAUCAGCAGUACAGCGGCGCACGUCCCGGUGUUCAGUGAUGGCCUCGGGAUGCACUCAGUCAACAAAACAGCUGUGAGGGUCAUGGCAGAAGGACUCAGGAAGGACCUCGUCGCCAAAAAGAGCAAGAUUCGUGUUGGGCAAAUUUCUCCAGGGCUCGUGAAAACCAAUGCGAUUAACCAGUCUGAGAAGUGGGCACAGAUCUUCGAUACAAUGCCUUACCUGGAAGUGGAAGACAUAGCAAAAGCCGUGGUCUACAUGCUUUCCCAACCUCCAAGGGUUCAGGUUCACGACAUCAUUAUUCGGCCAACAGGAGAGUUUUACGGCUGAUUUUGCACUGAAUAUUCCUUUCAACGUACUGUAAUUUCUAAUUCAAAUGUUAACAAAACAUCUGUUUUAAAGCUAUAUACGAGGGUUAUUCCAAAAGUAAGGUCCGAUCGGUCGCGAAAUGGAAACGACUAUGAAAAUCCGAUAAAGCUUUGCACAGAUGUGUUGGGGAGUAUCUCUAGUAUAACCCCAGUUAGCAUCACGUCGCUCUUCUCAUUUCUGAGCUCGCAGUGAGUGCGUAAAGAUGUCUAGAAAAUAGUGUCUGCCGCCAAGUACGAGGGCCUGGUGAGAAAUUUCGCCUGAAGCUAUGCAGCCAACAUUACAUAACUGUCGUGCUGUUUCGUCUUCACGACAAUUCUCAGCCGCAUUCUGCAGGGGCAAUGAAGAUGCUCCUGCAUCGUUUUCAAAUGGAAAUGUGAGAUUACCCACAAUACAGUCCGCAAUUGUCUCCCCCUGAGUUUCAUCUCUGGUCACAUGAACCGCUGUCUUUGAAGACAACAUUUUGACACAGACAACGAGGUGUAGGCCAGCGUGGAGAAUUGGCGGAAAGCACUGGCGGCUGCCUUCUAUGAUGAGGCUAUUGAAAAGUUGGUACAACGCUAUGACAAAAGUCUAAGUCAGAACGGCGACUACGUAGAGAAGUAGCUGAAAGGUGUAGCUAAUUGUUACAAGUAAAACAUUUCUGAUGUUCACUGUGGUUUCAAUUUGGCAAUCAAUCGGACCUUACUUUUGGAAUAACCCUCGUAUAUAUACUGUCAGAGUAGUUAUAAAUUACCUUCACACUGUCAAACCUGUCACACAAUACAAAGUCCUUUCCUA